AUGAGUUGGAGUUUCUUGACUCGCCUGCUGGAAGAAAUCCACCACCACUCAACAUUCGUGGGCAAGAUCUGGCUCACCGUCCUCAUUGUUUUCCGCAUUGUGCUGACAGCUGUAGGAGGAGAGUCAAUCUACUACGAUGAGCAGAGCAAGUUUGUCUGCAACACAGGUCAGCCAGGCUGUGAGAACAUCUGCUACGACGCCUUCGCGCCACUCUCACACGUCCGAUUUUGGGUCUUCCAAAUCAUUCUGGUUGCCACACCUUCACUCAUGUACCUGGGCUACGCUGUCAACAAGAUUGCUCGGGCAGAUGAGCAGGGUAAAGACAGUGGGGGGGUGAGUGGAUUUUCACGGAGGAAAAAGAAGCACUAUCUUGCAGCCAGAAAGCAGCAUAGUGGCAUUGAAGAGGCUGAGAAAGACCAAGAGGACGAUCCAAUGAUCUAUGAAAUGGCUGAGGUGGAGAGCAACGGUGGUAGAGCAGCAACAGGAAGAAGUGGUGAAGGGCAAACAAAUGUCAAGGCACGGCAUGAUGGGCGCAAGCGUAUCAAAGAAGAUGGAUUGAUGCGCAUUUAUGUGCUUCAGCUCUUGGCCCGCUCCUCACUGGAAGUGGCUUUCUUGUGUGGACAGUAUGUUCUCUAUGGAUUUUCAGUACCUCCCACCUACACUUGCUCAAACCAGCCCUGCCCUAACAGUGUGGACUGCUUUGUGUCACGACCCACUGAGAAAACUAUCUUUCUCCUCAUCAUGUACGCAGUGUCCCUGCUUUGUCUGGCACUCAAUAUAUGGGAGAUGCUUCACUUGGGCAUCGGUACCAUCUGUGAGAUCGUACGCUCCCGCCUGGUGCAGCUCCCUAAUGAUGAGUUGUACGGACUGACAGAGGGACAAGGGGCUCCUCAAGAGGCACAACUGAGAGGAGAGGAUUACAGCAGCUACCCUUAUUCUUGGAAUACACCAUCAGCUCCACCAGGGUACAACAUUGCCAUCAAGCCUCUUCUGGUAUCUACUGGGAACCAUGAAAAACCACUUCCCGUUACUGAUCUUGCUAAUGCUAAGAUAGCAUGCCGGCAGAACCAUGUUAAUAUUGCCCACGAGGAGCGUCAACAGUACACCAAUAAUGAUGACAACCUGGGUAUGGGAGAUGCCCCCAGAGGCGCUCAGAAGGACAUCCAUCAGCCUCAGAAAAUGUUGGGAGCUGACAAUCAGGCCUACAGCCAGCUUCAGAGCCACAGUAACAAUCACAGCAAGCCUCACCGUGAACGUAAACAACGGCAGGCCUACAAACACGCCUCGAGCAAGGCAGAUGCAGACAGAGGCAGCAGCAGCACCAGUAGUAGCAGCAAAUAUGGAGUGAUAAAGGGCUCUGAGUGGAUCUGA